CGAACGAAAGGCAGUGGGCGAGUCGCGAAGAAACUUUUAAGAACGGCUUACACGGAUAACUGUGGUACCACUAAUGAAGUGAGUUGGUCGCUUUCUUUUAAAAGAACAAAAAAAAAACAAUCUUCAUGGUCUGAAACAUGAUUGCUACGCGACGUGGACUGGGUGCUUCCCUGUGGCUCUGUUGCAUAUUUUUCUACUUGCUGGAAAGGCUUAGUGAGGGGUGCAUCGUUACUGCUCCCAGUCUCGUCCGGCUGGGCGCUAACGAAACGGUGCUGGUCAGGAACAGGGCAAAUGCCGCCAAAAAUGUCUCUCUACGAGCCACCGACUACCCCGCCGAAGCACGCCUUCUGUUUACGGAGUCAUUCCUUCUGGGAGGCGGUGCGGAAAAGCUCGUGCGCAUGAAACUGGACGAAACCAAGUUCGCCGGCGAAGACCUGCAGCACUCGAACCAUUCCAGUUUCGUUUCUCUGAGAGUUCACUGCGGGGACGCUUUCGACAAGGCGGCGGUCUUGCUCCUUAAGCCGACUUCGGGGUACCUAUUCGUCCAAACAGACAAGCCCGUGUACAGCCAAGGGGAACCCGUGAAGAUACGAAUUGUGGCCGUGGAUGACGCCUUGUUGCCGUCAGCGGACACCGUUCACAUUGAGAUUAAGAAUCCGCAGGACAUCUUGACUUACACGUGGGACGUUCCGUCAGAAGAUCCGAACACUGGCAUUGUGAGCCAUGCGUAUGAACUUCCGAAGUACCCCAUGUUUGGCAAAUGGAAAGUCAUCGCGACAUACGGACGGCACUUGAGUGAAGGGACAGCACGUUUCACGGUUCCCUCUGACGAACUCAAAAACGGCAGCGACUGGAAGGACUGGGUCCACGGCAACAGACUUUUCGUGCGAGCCGUGGUCGUCGAGGAAGCGACGGGAAAGCAGGAGGCCGCGCAGGAUGACUCGGCAGUCUUCAGCAACUCGGCCUACAACGUCAGUCUGGAGAACACUCGACGAGACUUCAAGCCCGGCACGAUAGUCGCGGUCACGGGGUGA